CAUGAGGCUAUGAUGCAGAUGCAGACGACGCGCACAGAUCCAGAUGACCUCGGACGACUUACUUCAAAACCAGCGAAGUGGAUGUCUAUGAAUAAAAGAUGGACUUCCUCGAUGCUCCGUCUGUACUAACGCCGUAGAAGUGGUCGUGGAGCUUGAGCAGACCGAUCUUUCAUCAUGAGCGUUGCGGUUGACCGUGCUGCAUCCGCGUUCGCGGCCACAGGGAGCAGCCCAACGUUGGAGCAGGUUCCCGGGCAGCAGCCGGCGUUUAUCGUGCCGCAAAUGAUGGGUUCGCUCCAAAUGGGUGGCAGCUCGUCUUCCACCGCACCGAGCCACGUAGUGGGCGCUACUUCGUCUACCAGUGCAACCGCGACAGCAAGCAACAGCGAAAUAACGGGUGGAGCAGGCGCGACGCCUUCCAGCGGGGCGCAAUACUUGCAGCACCACAGCCAUCUGAUGCCGUCAACAUCAACAGGUGGAGCGGGACAGCUGGUGUCAGUCGGAGGAGCUAAUAGUACAGCCGUUUGCACAGCGGGCCCGCCACCAGCACCGUUAGUGCUAGCAGGAACCAGCUCCGCGGCCACCGCUGGCGGUGCGAACGCUGCGUCUUCAGGAGACGCGAGCAACAAUAUUCUGGUUGCCGUUCGUUGCCGGCCGUCGCUACGGGGUCUGGACGAGGCUGCCCCGAUCGUGAAAGUGCUGGACGACAGCAUGGUGAUUCUGCAGGACCCGGGACAGGAGCUGCAGGGAGACUACCUGCGGUUGCACAAGAGCCGGGAGCGCCGCUACAAGUUCGACUACGCGUUCGGGGGCGAGGCAAGCACAGAGCAUGUGUACCGCAAAACGGCACGCAGCCUGAUUCCCUCCAUAUGGCUUUCUCAAACGUUACAUUCUCAACUGUUACACGAAUCUGUGAUGCAAGAACAGCAAAAGGGAAAGCGGGAAGAUUGCGCGUUUUGCAUUACAAAUUUGGAACGGAAUAUAAUGCUGCUUAGCCCUUCGACAGUUUGUCAUGCGAAGUACCUUGAUCGCGUGGAGGCUGAUGGCGAUUUUGCAUGACAAAUUCUUGGGACAGUUGAGAGCGUAGCGUUUGAGAGCUCCAUACUCCAUUUUGAACGGGUACAACGCCACCGUGUUCGCGUACGGAGCCAUAUCAAAUGCAAAAAUGUCUGGGUCUGGAAACUUGUAAUGCUAAAGGUGAAUGAUAGACGUACUUCAGUGCGCAGCUAUGCAUAACAAAUUUUCUGGCUGCCAUGUCUUACGUAUUCCGCAUGGCAAACUGCGUUUUUGCAUGACAGGCGCGAGGGCCUUUUCGUGCCUAUGCAACGCAGAUUCUCGAGUCAUGCCAGACGAGCAUGACAAACUUGCAUUCUUCCAGACCCAGACAUUUUUGCAUUUGAUAAGCCACCGGCGCGGGCAAAACGCACACCAUGAUCGGGGGGGACGAAGACGCGCACCACCAGCACCACACGGGAACAAAAGACCCCGGGAUCAUGUUUCUGAUCCUACGCGAUCUCUUCUACCUCGUGCAAGAGCAAAAGCAAAAAAGCGCCAGCGGGGGUGGUGGGGGAAUAAAUGGUGGUGUACUAGCGGGGGUGGACGAGACGAGUGUAGGAGAUGAUGAUCCAGGUGGAGGAGGAGGCGCAGCAGCUGCUCCAGGUGGAAAAACGUCAGAUAAGAACAAAGACAAGUCGAUUGCUGUAAAAUGCAGUUUCUUGGAGGUCUACAACGAGAACAUCAGAGACUUGCUGCUGCCGUCAGCAAAGGCCGAUGGCUUGGAAUUGCGCGAGGAUCCUGUCAAGGGUUGCUACGUCGCCGGUCUGCAGGAGCUGCCUGCCCAGUCCGUCGAUGAAAUCAUGGCGCUGCUGCACCUGGGAAACAAAAAUAGGUACGGCGGCAGAGAUAUUAAGCAGUAUGUUUUCUCGAUCAUCAGUAGGUCGAGUAGAUUCAGAUCCUACAUACUCGUUUGCAACUGUAUCUGUUGUUUUGUUCGCUGUACGUACAUAAUCAUAAAUCUCAAUAACGUCCAUCCAAUCAUGGUAGGACGACGGAGGGCACCGCCGUGAAUGAGACCUCUUCCCGAUCACACGCGGUUUUGCAGUUGCAUGUGGAGGAGAACCUUGGGACCGGGCAGACUUCCAUCGGGAAGCUCUCGCUAAUCGACCUUGCUGGGUCGGAGCGCGCUUCCAAAGCGCUUUCAAAGGGAGACCGCUUGAUUGAGGCAUCCAACAUCAACCGCUCCCUGUUGGCACUCGGAAACUGCAUCAAUGCACUUGUGGAGAAGAAACGUCAGAGCUUUGUCCCGUAAGAAGCGUUUUUGAUGUGUUUACCGAGGCAUGAUGAAGAGCUUCGAGUAAGUUGCAUAGUCAAUGGUAACAUGAUGCUUUACAACAACUUCGUCAUCGAAAGUAUUAUUUUGUUCCGAAGCGAAAAGCAGCUCCUGACCAUGUCUCUCUGUUUCGCAGAAGCAGAACAUCUUUCACCAGUGUUCUGCGAGUGUGUGGUCUUCUAUCAAAACAACUACCAAAUAUUUUCCGUUUCAUCACUUUGCAGGUACCGCGACUCGAAGCUGACUCGACUGCUGAAGGACAGUUUGGGCGGCAAUUGCCGGACCUGCAUGAUUGCUUGCAUUUCUCCCACCGCAAGCCACUACGAGGAAACAAGCAACACUUUGAAAUACGCAAACCGCACGAAGAACAUCAAGACGUCCCAGCACUACCGGCGGAAUUUGGUCACCACGUCUGCCGAGGAAACCGAUGCUCAGGUCGCGGAAUACGCUCAAAUCAUUGCCGAGCUGCAGAAGGAAAUCUCCGAAUUGAAGGGCAAAGUGCACGUGCAGCCAGGACCGACAACAACGUCGUCGUAUGCAAACAUCAAAGACAGGCACGGCGGUGCAGGUGUGUUGACGUCGUCCUCGUCCGCAAGUGCAGCUGCCGUCCCGAAGGAAGCGGAGGUUUCCGAAACCGCGAUUCUGGCAUCGGAGAAGGCUUCGGAACGGUGGAAGACCGAGAUGAUGUCAACGUUGGAAGAACGGGUCAAGCUUCAGCGACAGCUCAUGGAGACAGAGACGCUGCAAUCCCAGCUGUUGCUCGACCUGGAAGUGUCCAAACGUUCAAAGGAAAGCUGUCAGCAAGGUACUUACUCGUUCUGCUCAAGAACAUACUGUGGAUUUGGAUACGGCAACGGCAUUACAUAUUUUUAUUUGCAUCCUUCGUCACUGUUGUCACGACUCGACUGAGGCGGUUGAAGACCAGCACAGGGAAGGAAUUCAUAAUCAUUAUACAAAUUUCUGUACCCUCAAGACAUGUUGAUGAAUGACAGCACUUUGCACUUUUCACCCUGCUUAUCGAACAUCGAUCUUCGAUUUUAAUUGUGCACGACAGGCACCGAUGCCGACAAGGACUCGACGAGCGCCGGCCCCUCGCCCAAGAGCAGUGUCACCACCACCAAACUUCUCGCCGAGCACGAGGACCGACGUACCAAUUUGCGCGCUGCGCUGGAGGAAAACCGAAAGAAAAGCCAGAAACUGCAAUUGCAGCUGAAGGAGAUCGCGGACAAGGACCUCCGGGCGUUUCUGGAGCUGCUGUACCGGGCACAGGUGCUCGAAGUCGAGCGCAUGGAGCUGGACCACGUAAACGCAAUGAAGCGUCAGGUCUUGGACCAGAAGGACCAGGAUCUCCGUACUGGUUGCUUGUUUCUUUUCCGCUUCGUUCGUUUGUAAAGACAAUUGUCAAUUCAUUGCAUUGCUACUGGCAUUGUUUUUGCGAGGGGCAGUCUGAAUUCUGAAGGCGACAGCGACAGCCUUGAUGACGAACGAGAAGCAAAACCACCGAUUUGUUGAAAAUAUCAUGAACAGAAAAUCUCCGUCACCAGCUGGACCUCCGAAACGAGUACUUGGGCAAGUUGUCGGGAAAUCUUUCCGUAGAGGACAAGCAGAUGUUGCCGGGGCACGUGAGCCUGCUGGAGUCCACCAUCACCUCGCCAACGCAGUGGAAACGACAACUCUCCAAAGAACAGCUUGACGUACAGGAAAACGGCACAUCGCUCGCGACCGACGAACUACAGCUCGUCGGCGCGCCGGUAGGACAAGCUCUUAUUCUAUGAUAGAUCAUGAUCUGCAUUUUCUGUUGUAGUUCCGAUCACCUUGAUGCUUCCUUGAUAAUUGCAGAAUAUUUUACUUUCGCUGUCACAACAUGGAAACUUCUUCAAAACAUACUCUUACUCAGCCCCGGUUUGCGUCCAUUCCCGGGGUGGAUGGGCUGCACGAACCAACGGACCCGUCAAGUCCCUCCGAUGUGAAGGGCGGUAUUGAUUGGAGCGCCAUCGAGGUGCCGCGAGCGAGCCGCAUCAAGGGUGUUUCCCAGGAACUCGCGGGGCUGAACAUCUUUGAUCCCACGCCGCGCGACUUUUCCCUCGUAGACCACCAUGACGCCGCUCGUGGCGGCCAGUUGAUGUCCGGCUCGCUGGGAGCACAUCAUUCGCACUCGUCCUCCGCGUUGGUAGUUGGGGGGGCGAACAAAGAGAACGUGCGAACUGUUGUGAAAUUCGACAACGCCGCAUCUUCCGCUCAGCUGAAAAAUGUAGGCGCGGCGGCGAGCGGCGGCUCCCUGGCCAGCUACCGCGGUGCGGGGUACCGCUCCCAGAGCGAUCACGGGGCCGCUCUGGUACAACAGCUGCACAGCAAGACCGAGCACCACAGUAGCGCCACGACGCGGCCGCCUCGGAGUUCCCCCAAACGGCCGGACACCGGUCCGGUGCACUACUUCUCCCAUCUCCCCAGCUCCUCAGGCGGAACGCGGUCGUCUCACGGUCCGCAGAAGAGCCGACCGAAAACCGACUACCAGCCGCAGCUGCGCUACGCACAGCGACACCAGCAGAACCACUGGAAGCACCUGCAACGCAUGAAGGACACCGCCUUCCACAACGAGCGGCUGAAUCCACCUCUGCAGCGCGCCGGAAUCAGUUUCAAGCAGCACGUGGUGAACAGCGUGAAUAACCAAUACGGUAACAAACCCAAUGCUGGUGGGCCCUCUGCAGGUGGACCCCACGCGCAGCCGCAGCACAGCAGCACGAACAUACUGUCCUCGCACAGUACAACUACUUCUACACAUCACGCCCCGGUAACGUCCACCAUCAGUACAACAGGGAACAGCGGACUCGGGAGUAGCGCAAACAACACCGGCGUUGGUGCUAGUGCGGUUGGCGCUAGUGCCACGGGUGGUGUCGUUUCGGGUAGUGCCACGGCGAAUGGCACACGAAUCCAACCGCAGCAUCACCCGAUCGUGAGCAAUUACGCCCAGCCCUACCACCAAAUCGCGUCCAAACGAAAGCCGCGGUCCUCGGUAGGGAACGCCACACGGCUUGCAGGAAAACUUAUCGUAAAUUCCAACGCCGGAGCAGGUCGAGAUUUCCGCUUCUGAUAAAGAACCUGAAGAGCAGGGCUUUUCCGCUGGCCGGAUUAAGGCCCCGGGUCAUAAUUACCCAGUCUGGAAUCACCCUGCUUGGAGCGUAGCAUGUUCGUAUUGUGAUUUCGUUGCUGAGAGAGCACGGGCCUCGACGCAUCAAAUACAAAUCUGAAUUUUUAUCCAGUGUAGGUGUAAGUGAGGAUGUCGUACUGUUACUACAACGUUGUCCUUGUCCUAGUAUUCCCAAUAUUUUCUAAAUCCGAAACGUGUUUGAAUCCAAUAAAAACUUGUAACUGUAUUACAUCCUGGGCUCUUGUCUAGUUUCACAUUUUUGUUUGGCCAAUACUAUACCAUUUCUCUUUUCGAGCUGAAGAUGUAGUUUGUGCUUGUUGCGCCGUGUUUGAAAAAUCACUAUCACAUGAACUCUCAGAUUGCUUUGCUUGACUUCCGCCGUUUUUUGAAGCAUUCACUUUCCAGUCACUCUGUAUUUCUAGGGGCAAAGUCUUGACAAAAAGUAGUUGGAGUAAACCAAAUAGAUUGUUAACUCUUGGGCUUUGCGCCUUCGUCUUCGUGCUGGGCGUCACGAGCACGCCUGGCGUCUGACCAUUCAAAUUGAUGAGAUCGUGUAGUAGUCGUGAGUAUGUGAAGUGUUAGCGACUGGUGUUAAAGGUUUCCAACUUUUUUGCUGAUGCUGAAUAGAAACCGGUACCAAACAAAAAUUUGUAGCCUCGUAGCUGAGCUGCACAAGAUAGCAAUACAGAAGUGGAGGCAUAUUCAU